CUUUAAUAGUAUCCUAAUUUAAUAGAUAUUUAAAAUAACCUCUACAGAAUAUAUUACGCAGUUUCAGAGCAAAUAUUAAUUGCGAUGAUUUGCAAAACAAAUGGGAAAAUAAAAGUUCAAGCAAACCUUUCGGCCCAAAGAAAAGGACAGAAGAUCAACAGCAUGUCUGAGAAUGAAAUCGGAACACAAUAGAAUAUUAAAACUGCUAUCAGUCCUCCUAUUUUUAUUACCAGAGGCAUCUCCUGUUUAUUUGUUUGCUGUAACCAGACCUAAUAGGCAUUCUAAAUUCCGAAACAGAGACACUAACUUAGUUAGAGAAAUGGAAACAGAAGAAUCCCUUCUAAUAGUCUACCAGCCAGACUCUAAAUUACGUUCUACUAUUACAGAAACACCCUCCACUGUGAGUUUAGAAAUAACUUCCCGUGGUGGAGCUAAUUCAGAAACUCCGGAAAUGGAGCAACAAAAUAUUUCAGAAGAUCAAUACGCCGUCAGUUUUGGCGAUGUUGCUGAAGAGGAAAUAGCUGAGGAAAAUCUUCCACGUCACAGGCGAGAGAAACGAAACGUGCAAGUGGAUUAUAAAAGAUCAAACCACAGCUUGGAAAAUAGAUCUCGAAGAGGAAAGAUAUUUCUGUACCCAAGAGAUAUGUCUUAUGAUGAUCUCGGCAAGGAAAGAGAGCAAAUACCGAAAACAUUUGUCAACAAGCUGAGAAUAGACAUUAUGCAACCUGAAUCCGUGACUGUCAGAGAUAGAGGCAGUUUGAAUAAUGUGGUCCUCAGGGUAGAAGAAAAGAUCAAAAUAAAUAUGGGUAAGUUUUUAAGUCGUAAAAUAAAGAGUGGGAAUCAGAGGACAACCUGGUGGACCCAUUAGAGAUUUUAAGACGAAAGACAAACGCUGCAUCGAAAAGUUCUCAGAUAAAGUGUUUGGACGUGGAGACAAGAUUAAUAAAAGGAAAAAUAGUUAUGAAAGAGUAUUACCUGCAUUCGAAAAGGCGAUUAAAAGGACAAAAAGAGAC